GUCCUCGACUCGCAGUCCCAGUGUCUCCUUCCUCCUCUCCUACCCUGCUCGGCUCGCACGCACAGGCACUCGAGCUGGGGUCCAUCCUAUCCUAGUAGUAUUAUCCUAGCACCCCAUGGGCUUGGGCCCGAGGUGGUCGCCGUGGGCGGCGUUGCCGUUCUCUCCUCGAUCUCGCAAGGGAGGCGGAGGGGGGUGGGGAUUGGGAGGGCUCAAGGCCAUCGGGUGGAUCCUCUUCGCCGGCGUCUCCUUCCGUCUGCUCUGCUCCUUCUCUUCCUCUUCGUCUCUGUCGCCGGAUAUCAAGGAAGGAAAAUGUGACCUUUUCAAUGGAGAAUGGCUACCAAAUCCCUCUGGCCCAGCCUAUACAAAUUCAAGUUGUCGAUUUAUUGAUGAUCACCAAAAUUGUAUGAGGAAUGGUAGACCAGACACUGGAUAUCUUCACUGGAGGUGGAAACCUUAUGAAUGUGAUUUGCCACCGUUUGAUGAAAUUAGAUUUCUAGGUGCUAUGAGGAACAAAGCAUGGGGCCUUAUCGGUGACUCCAUUCUUCGUAACCAAGUUCAGUCCUUGAUAUGCCUUCUGUCUAAGGCUGAUGAACCUGUUGAGGUCUACCAUGAUAAAGAAUUCAAAAAUAGGAGAUGGCACUUCCAAUCAUACAACUUCACUGUGUCCCUCGUUUGGGCUCCCUUCCUCGUCAAAUCAGAGGUUUUUGAAAAUGAGAAUGGCGAGUCCACUUCCGAGAUCCAGCUUCACCUUGACAUACUUGAACCAACCUGGAUAAGUCAGUACGAGAGGUUUGACUAUGUUGUGAUUGCCGGUGGACAAUGGUUUCUUAAGACUGCGGUCUACUGGGAGAGUGGUAAGGUGUUAGGCUGUCAUCAUUGCCAGGACAAGAACCUAACUGAAGUCGGGUUUGAGCACUUGUAUCGCAGGACUUUACAAGAGGUACUCAAAUUCAUCUCCUCGGCGCACCAUAAGCCAGUUGUCCUCUUCAGAACCUGGGCGCCUGAUCACUUUGAGAAUGGCGAGUGGUUCAGCGGCGGAACCUGUAACAGGGUAUUGCCUUACAAGAAGGGAGAGUACGGUGGGAAAUACAUGGAACAUAUCAUGAGGGGGAUUGAGCUUGAGGAGUUCAACAAGGCCGUAACAGCGGCCAAUAGCUCAAGGGACGCGGUGAAACUGAAGCUCUUGGACACUUACAGCAUUUCGUCCAUGAGACCUGACGGCCAUGCUGGUCCUUACAGGAUGUUCCAUCCAUUUGCACAGGGCAACAAGGAUGGCUCAUCGGUUCAGAAUGAUUGCCUGCAUUGGUGCGUGCCAGGGCCCAUCGACGCCUGGAACGAUCUGAUUAUGAAGCUAGUUCUCAACUGAUGAAACCUCUAGAUCUCGCGCUCCUUGCUGACCAAGAGUUGUAGGGCUGGUUGUGGGCCAAGUUGGCAACCUCGAUUCAGGGUUUAGUUCCUCGCAUGCUAGUUUAGCAGGAAGUAGUAGUCGAUUCUCAAAAAAAAAAGCAGGAAGUAGUAGUAGUCAAGAAUAUAUAGGUGCGUACAUUAUAGUUUGGAUGGUGUGAACUGGCCGCUCGUUCUUGGAUGUGUCUGGUUGGCACACCUCGUCCUUCUGAGAAAUGUCAAUGCGUUUGGAUGCAGUAGCAUUGAUUUCUCGUGCAAA